GUUCUGCGCCAAAAGUAAAACAAAUACCUCUAUAAAGAAUUUCUAGUGAAAGCCUAGAGCCCACUACUGUGCUGUGCAUGUAAAUCCACAUCACACAAGAAACAGUUUGACAUUCAUUUUUUGAAAGGUUAAUAGUUUUAUUUUUUGCUGGUCGACCAGCAUAUGCAAUGGCUUAGGCAGACCCAGACGGUGCACCAUCACUUCAUUUAGGACAUGGAAAAAGUGUGGACUCUGAAGGUUUGGCAUCCCGAUACAGGAGAAAGCAAAGACGCUCAGAAAGAAGAGCCAGCCCUCUGAAAGAAUGCCAAGUGAGCCCAAACACAACAGUUGAAGAUGACAUAGUGAUUACAGAAGACGCACUUUCAUCUGCUGAUGGUCAAGAACCAGAACAGCCACAGGUUCCUGUUGAAGUCUGUAAAAAUAGAGGCUGACUUCAUUCAUGUGACUGAACUGACAAUGGCUCACAUCGGACAGUUGGAGGAAGAAAACAGGCACCUUCUCUCAGAGCUUCGAGAUGUAAAACAGGAGCUCAGCAUGCACGUGUUGUCAGAAGACAUUCUGAAAACAAGGGAGGAUAUGGUCCAGUUUUACACUGGGCUGCCCAACUUUGCCCUCCUGCUUGUAUUGUUCAACUUACUAGAGGAAGGCGCAACGCAUACAAGCCGUAACUCUCUGACAGCAUUUCAAGAAAUGGUCAUAUUUCUGAUGCGCCUGCGGCUCAACACUCCUCUACAAGAUUUGGCCUACAGGUUUCACGUGUCGCAGUCCACAGUGUCAAGGAAUGUCAACAAGUGGCUGGACGUGGCCUAUGUUCAACUCUCUCGAGCUGUCCAGUGGCCUGACCGGGAGACUCUCCGGGCAACUAUGCCCAUGACUUUUCGCAAAUCAUUCGGUGUGGAGGUAGCAGUUGUUAUAGACUGUUUUGAGGUUCUCAUUGAGGGGCCUUCAUCUAAGCUGGCCCGGUCGCACACAUGGUCCAACUAUAAAAGUCACAACACUGUAAAACAUUUGAUGGGCAUUGCACCGCAAGGUGUAGUCACGUUUGUUUCCAAAGGCUCGUGUGGGCGGGCAAGUGAUAAGGUUAUUGCAGAAAAGUGUGGCAUUUCGAACAACCUCUUGCCUGGGGAUGCUGUUCUAGCCGACCGAGGCUUCACAAUUGCCGACAGUGUUAGUAUGCACUGUGCCAAGUUAGCCAUGCCUACCUUCACUAAGGGCAAGCAGCAACUUUCGGCCAUGGAUGUGGAGAAGACUCACAAGAUAGCAAAUGUGAGGAUUCAUGUAGAGAGGGUAGAGAGGGUAAUUGGGCUCGUACGAAAUAACUACAGAAUCCUCAAGCUCACACUGCCUGUGGAAGUGCUCACUGGUGAAGAAAAUGGACCAACAGUGCUCGACAAGAUGCUUUUUAUUUGCGCAGCAUUAAUUAUGCAACAUGAACAGCUCAACCGUCCCAUUUGGCUGAACUCGCGUUCUUGUCGUGCAUGCGCACAUAUCGGCAUGCUUCUGCAGAAGAACCUGAGGUAGUAUGUUCUUGGAUUUGUCUGACUUGUUCACAACGACGGAUGAAGGAAGGCGACACGGGAUAACCACAUAGGCACAAUAACAAAUCAACAUUUUAUUUCUCGACACAGGAAAACUCUUGGCAGCAGCUAUUUGUUCCUGUGUCAAGAAAUAAAACGUUCAGUUAUUGGUGCGCCUUUGUGGUUGCCCCAUGUCGUCUUCUUUCGUCCGUCGUUUUAUUUCGCGCCUUUGUUCAAAACAUAAAAUUACUAACUCGCCCACCAGUACGUGCCGAGUUUGUCUCAGACGUCAAGUGCAUAUCUUCCUGGAGUUAGCUAGGAUGGAAUGGAACAUUCUUGAACUCUGCGUGGAUCUUGAUUAAAUUUCUGUCCGUUGAACGUAGAAACACGGAAUUUGUUGUGACCUAGCUGUGUGUCAGUGUUUGUUUCGUCUGAUACCUGCGACUGCCUUUCUUGAGUUAAAGGUGCUACAAGUACACACUGAAUUGAUGUAAAUAAAAAAUUUUUAAAUUUG